GGUAGAUUUUCUCUCUUUGAAUAUUAAAAUUAAAUCCAUUCCCAACAAAAUUCAAAACCCUAGCAACGCCGCCGCCGCCGCCUCUUUGAAUUUUGAGUUUGAAGCAGCGUGAUUCGUGCACAGCUGCUGGUUUAUUGAAAUCGUUGUUUGUUUUUCCGAUUAUAUUCGUUUGGUUAUCGAGGAUUUUGAGGAAAGGAAGUGGAAAUGUGAAAUUCGGGUUGAUUUCCUUCUAUGGUUUAUGGAUUUAAGCGUCGGAGCUUAAAUAAAGCCAUUUUAUGAGUUUCAGGGUUUGGACGAUGGUGGGAUUUUGGAAAUUUGAAUAGAAUGGAUUGGUGUUUCUAAAAGCUUGUUUUGACUCUGGAUUAAGAAGGAAUCUGGAUGUGGCUGUGGAGGAAAAUUUAGGAUAUUGUGAUUUGUUGUUUUCUGGGAAUGGCAGAAGACAGCCGGCAGAUUGGUGGGCUUUCUUCUGGUUUGGCUGUGAUAUUGAACGGUGGAGAUGGAAAAGAGAAUCCAUUGAAGAAUCGUCUUGUUUCAAAUUGUGAUGAUUUUGGCCACCAGCCUGUGGAGCGAGCUCUUGAAUAUGUAUUUGGUCUUCCCAACAAAUCACUUGCUCCUCUUACAGGUCCAAUUGACAGUGCUGUAAUCCGUUCUAUCAUAAAGAAUCACUGCAUGAGAUUUUUCUCAAGUUCUGAUGAUUUGAUUGGUAAUAGAGAUGGCGUCUGUAUUGCUGAUAAUGGGUCUGGUUCCCGUAUCAUUGGUCUUGAAGAAUUCAGUAUUUGUGGUAAUAUUAGAAUCGUUAAGCCACCUUUGCUUUUAGAGAGCUUAGCACUGUUCAGCAGUGCCAGGGCUAAUGCCUAUGUUUGGAGAGGGAAAUGGAUGUAUGAAGUAAUCCUGGAAACUUCUGGUAUACAACAGCUAGGAUGGGCCACCCUUUCCUGUCCAUUCACCGAACAUAAGGGUGUUGGUGAUGCAGAUGAUUCAUAUGCAUUUGAUGGUAAAAGAAGAAGCAAGUGGAAUAAAGAAGCUAUGCCAUAUGGUCAGUCUUGGGUUGCUGGUGAUGUAAUUGGAUGCUGUAUAAAUUUGGAUCAGGAUGAGAUUUCAUUCUAUAGGAAUGGUGCCUCUCUUGGGGUUGCAUUCUCUGGUAUUCGGAAAAUGAGACCUGGUUUUGGAUAUUACCCUGCAAUUUCUCUUUCUCAAGGUGAAAGAUGUGAAUUGAAUUUUGGUGCUCGUCCUUUCAGAUACCCAGUUGAUGGCUAUCUUCCUCUUCAGGCACCCCCCUCUUCAGCCAAUUUUGCUAAGGAUUUGCUGGGAUGCUUUUCCAGGCUCUUGGAAAUGCAAUGCAUGGAGCAAGCUGAGCAUUCUUCAGUUGAAAAACUGAGGAGACUGAAGAGGUUUGUUUCACCUGAAGAACUGCUUCAUCCAGCUUCUUGUGGGAUAUGUGAGGAGCUCUUCUCCAUAAUUGAUGCAGAUUCUCAGAGUUUUGAGUAUAUAGGGUGGGGACCAUUACUCUCAUUCUUGAUGGGGCUGUUUGGAAUACAAGUCCCACAUGAUUGCUCAAGUUUGGAUAGAUUUCUUGAUGUCUUUCUAGAAUUUGAAGGAUCACAAUUGAUGUUUGAGCACAUCUUGAAUGCUAUUUCAUGUGGUUGCAAAACAGCAUCACUCAUUUUGACAGAAUGCCCAUAUUCAGGAUCAUAUUCAUAUCUUGCACUGGCAUGCCAUUUGUUAAGACGAGAACAAUUGAUGGUUUUGUGGUGGAAGUCAUCACAUUUUGAAUACUUGUUUGAAGGUUUUCUAUCUUGUAAGAGCCCAAACAAGCAGGACCUUCAAUACAUGAUUCCAUCUGUCUGGUGGCCCAGUUCUUGUGAGGAUGUCUCCAAUGAGAGUAGCAUGUUGUUGACAACCACUGCUUUAUCGGAAGCAGUUAGUAAGAUUGAAGAGAAGCAUAGAGACCUCUGUCUCUUAGUGAUGCAGUUCAUUCCUCCUGUAUCACCUCCCCAGUUUCCGGGUUCAGUGUUCAGGUCAUUUAUGCAGAACCUUUUAUUGAAAAACCGAGGAGCAGAUCGUAAUGUCCCACCUCCUGGAGUUUCAAACAACUCUGUUCUUGUUUCCUUGUACACAGUUAUUCUCCAUUUUCUUUCUGAAGGCUUUGGUAUGGGGAACUUUUCUGCAUGGUUGAAGAGCAGCGUAUCCAAUGGUCUUGACGUUGGUUUUCUUCAUAGAGGUGGACAGCAGAGUUUCCCUAUAGGUUUAUUUGUCAAAAAUGAUCCUCAUCGAGCCGCCAUUUCCAGGCUUGGAGGAUCAUUUAGUCAUGUGUCUAAAUGUUAUCCUUUAUAUGAUGAGGAAGCAGAGAAAAUACAGUGGGAAGAAGGGUGUAUGGAUGAUGAAGAAACAAGAGUAACUCAUUUAACCAAGCAGAAACCAUGUUGUUGCUCUAGCUAUAACGCAGAGUUGACAAGAAACUCCAAAUAUCCAAUAAUAAACACAGCUAAAAGUUCUCGUAACCAUUGCAGCUCUAUUCCUGAGAGAUCUUCUCAUGUUGCAGCAGAAUGCAGUACAGGAAGUUUGAAUGAUGAGAUAGUGGACAAACCUAGCUCUAGUGAUCAGUCAGAAUCUGACUUUGGUUAUUGUCCGAUCCUGCAUUUGAGGACUAUACCUAUGGAAAGUGAUGUGCCUUCUACCAUACUUAGAGAGGAAGAACUUCUGGAUGCAAUGUUGCUGUUGUAUCACAUAGGUCUUGCACCAAACUUUAAGAAGGCAUCAUAUUACAUCUCUCAUCAGUCACAAUCCAUAUCAUUACUAGAAGAAACUGAUAGACAAAUAAGAGAACGGGCUGGCAGUGAGCAGGUAAAGCAAUUGAAAGAAGCUCGUAGUAACUAUCGUGAAGAAGUUAUUGAUUUUGUCAGACAUUGUGCAUGGUAUCGUGUCUCUCUCUGUUCACGGUGGAAGCAAAGAGGAAUGUAUGCAACAUGCAUGUGGAUUGUGCAAUUGCUUCUGGUUCUGAGCAAAUUGGAUUCAGUGUUCAGUUAUAUCCCUGAGUUUUAUCUGGAAACUCUGGUUGACUGUUUUCAUGUGUUGCGCAAGAGCGAUCCUCCAUUUGUCCCCCCAGCAAUAUUUGUCAAGCAAGGGCUUGCCUCAUUUGUGACUUUUGUAGUAACCCACUUCAACGAUUCAAGAAUAUCAAGUGCAGAUCUGAGGGAUCUCCUUCUCCAAUCAAUAUCAGUCUUGGUGCAGUACAAGGAAUAUUUAACAGCUUUUGAGAGCAAUGAAGCUGCCAAGCAGAGGAUGCCCAAAGCUUUGUUGUCAGCAUUUGACAACCGACGUUGGAUUCCAGUCACAAACAUCAUUUUAAGGCUAUGUAAGGGUUCUGGAUUUGGUUCUUCUAAGCAUGGAGAAUCAUCAUCAGUUAUAUUCCAGAGAUUGCUGCGGGAUGCUUGCAUCAAUGAUGAAGGGUUAUUCUCAGCUUUUCUCAAUCGCCUUUUCAACACUCUCAGCUGGACCAUGACCGAAUUCUCAGUUUCUAUCCGAGAAAUGCAAGAAGAAUACCAGGUAUUGGAGUUUCAGCAGAGGAAAUGCUGCGUCAUAUUUGAUCUAUCAUGUAAUCUUGCAAGGGUGUUGGAGUUCUGUACCCGUGAGAUCCCACAAGCAUUUCUUGCAGGAAGUGAUACAAACCUUAGAAGGCUAACUGAGUUAAUUAUCUUCAUUCUGAACCAUACAACUUCAGCAGCGGAUGCUGAGUUUUUUGACUUGUCUCUUAGACGGCAUGGCCAAUCUUCAGAGAAAGUAAACCGGGGCAUGAUUUUAGCCCCUCUAGUGGGUAUCAUUGUGAAUUUGUUGGAUGCUAGACUGGAGGGAGAAUGCAAGGGGCAGAAUGAUGUCAUUGGGGUAUUUGCAAGCAUGGAUUGCCCUGACACUGUUCAUUAUGGAUUCCAAUACCUGCUAGAUUAUAAUUGGGCUGCUUCAUUCAGAGGGGAUGCAUAUCUAGCUGAGCUCAUGCAGCUCAAAAAUUUCUCAAGCCUCCUUAUCAGCCGAAUGGAGUCACGGGGGACAGCAAGGAUUUUAUGUGAGGAAGAAACGGAUGCUGAUGACAGCAUGUGCUGUGUCUGUUAUGCUUGUGAAGCAGAUGCACGAUUCACGCCAUGUUCUCACAAAUCCUGCUAUGGCUGCAUAACUAGACAUCUACUGAAUUGCCAGAGAUGUUUCUUUUGCAAUGCCACUGUCAUGGAUGUCAUAAGAACAGAGAAGACAGCCUGAGACGCUGGUGGUUGGUUCUUUUUAUUUUAUUCCGGUGCCAUUGUCUGAUCAAGUUGGUCAGUGAAUGUGGUGAUGCACAAAAGAAGAAAUAAUAUAGAAAAAGAUAGAGAAAAAUUGGUUUAGAGCUGCAAUUGAAUUUAUGGUUUUGCUUUGUAAGGUUAAAGAUAAAGGGGGUUGGGAGAAUAGAUCCUUGUUUCUUUAUGAAUUUUGUAGUGCAGUUGAGGGGGCAUUAUUUUGUAAAUAUGAGCUGUAAAUGGCAAGAAAAUCUCUCCUUCCCCAAAUCCUUCCUUAUUUACUGCUCGGAAAUUAGGUUGUGAGAUGAUAAUAAGAUGGGUAAUUGUGC